GUUAGGUUCAACUCCCCGAAACCCGCCAACAACACCAAUUUCCCCUUCAAGAUAUCUGGUCAGUCUAUUCAUCCUUUUGCUUUACUGCUAUUGAUCUUUGUCCCCCUUCUUAUUUUCCCCGUUCCCCACCAUUAUCUCCCCCUAACAACUUCCACCAACCGAAACAAAACCCUCCAGAGAUCAAAGGCCACCUUAACUUCUCCGUAAUCCCCGCUCAAAACAUACUCGCAAUUAUGGCCAUGCUCAAGCUUCUCCUAUCCUACCUGUCAAUCCACCCAUCUCCGCUUCGAAAUCCGUCCACCUCUCUCCACUUAUCUCAACAAGCACCCGCUUUCCUAUCGUCAUCAGAAUCCACGAAGGACACACAGGAAACAUGGUUGAUCUACGAGCAGCUCCUUCUCUCUUGCCUCCGUACUGGUGACGACAGCUCUGCCCGCGUAUGUCUGCAACGCCUAUCAGGCCGCUUUGGUGUGGAUUCAGCGCGAGUGAAAGCACUCACAGGUCUCUAUGACGAAGCUACCUCCAAUAGUCGCGGCGAACUCGAAUCAGUUUUGCAGCGAUAUCAGGAUAUAUUGAAGGAGGACCCGACGAACAUGCCGAUAGAAAAGCGCCGUAUAUCGCUUUUGCUAUCGCUCGGUCGCACUGAAGAUGGCAUUGAAGCAUUGACUAGUUUGCUCUCUCAUUCGCCCAAUGAUGCCGAGUCCUGGGCACACCUCUCAUCGCUCUAUUUUACUCAGGGGCUUUACCAGCAGUCCGUCUUUUGCCUUGAAGAAGUUCUUCUAAUCUUACCCAAUGCCUAUAAUAUCUUUGCUCGUAUUGGCGAGGUGACGUACAUUUCCGCUUCUGCUGGUGCUAGCGGCACCAAUCAGACUGAGGCAUUCGAGGAGGCUAUCAAGUACUUUGCUCGAUCGGUAGAACUGAGUGAAUGGUAUCUCAGAGGAUGGUACGGGUUGAAGCUUGUUACGGGGAAAUUCAUACAGGCGAAGCCUUCGGAUGGAACUCUCCGAAAGAUGGAAUCCCUGAACCAGUUGGCCACCGAGAAACUUUUACAAAUUGUGGGCAGGUUUAGAAGAAACGAGAAGGGCUGGAUGGGCUUUGAUGAAGCCGAAAUUUUGGCAGCAAAGAACCUGAUUGAUCGGGAUGAGCAAAAGUUUUCCCGAUAGUCCUACAUGACAAAUACGGAAUUUAAUCAUUCCUUUCUUUCGUUAUUGUUCUUUUAAUGCUGAGCAUAUUAAUUACACCCCUUUUUCUGGCCCUCCCUCAUCCUGCUACUUUAUAUUGCUACCGAUUAUUCUCUAAAAAUAUUCCACUUGCUUCCUAUAUCGUUUGCGCUACUCGGUCUACAGGUUUCUCUCUCCCUCUUUUUUUUUUUUUUAAUCUUCCCGGAUUUUGCUUUCUUUGGCCGACAGUUUUGUGGGUUUCGCUGGGGUUUAUUUUACGUUCGUUUCAAAAAAGAAAGACUUUCGUGGUUGACUUUCCCCGUUCGUUUCCUUUCUUCCACAUCUUAAGACCUUUCUUGUAAACAGCCCCCCCUUUUUUUUUCUUUGAUCCCCCCCUUAGUAGAGCAUUUGCAUCUUCCCGUUCUGCUAGAUAAUUAAUUUUUCCGUGAGGGCUUGGCCUGGCGGUGGUGGAAUUGGAAAUGGUAUUGGGAGGGUUCUGUGUGGGAUGCCUUGAACGCAUUGCAAUGAGCUGGGGUACAAGUCAGUUAAGAAGUAAUGAACAUGGGCGAAUGUGAAUUGAA